UCCUUACCAACCUCAGCCUCGUCGAUGGAUUCAGGGUGGACUUCGAUCCCAAGGCCUUAGCUUUCGAAGCCCCGAGCAAGGAGAAGGCGGAGAGGGCGCACUAGAGCAUGGCUUGCUUGGUUGCUCUGGCCCUCGAGGCUUCGCCAUCGCUCUCCUCUUCCUCUCAUACCAACCGUGGCUUCGCUGCCCACUCUUCUCCUUCCUCCAAGUCUCCCAAAUCGUGUCUUCGCAUCGAUUCCGGCCGCCGUCACCGUCCCUUGAAGGGAUUGCGCACUAGACGGUUGGUUGAUGUUCCAUUGAUUACGGUUCAGGCAUCCCAGAAGGUAGAACCUCUGAAGGUUAUGAUUUCAGGGGCUCCUGCAUCUGGGAAGGGAACACAAUGUGAAUUUAUCAAGAAUAAGUAUGGGUUUGUGCAUAUUUCUGCUGGAGAUUUGUUGAGGGCUGAAGUUUCUGCUGGGACUGAGAAUGGAAAACGAGCUAAAGAACACAUGGAGAAGGGAAUGUUAGCCCCUGAUGAAAUUGUUGUCUUGAUGGUGAAGGAGCGCCUUCUGCAACCCGAUGCUCAGCAAAAUGGUUGGCUUUUAGAUGGAUACCCAAGGAGCGCGUCUCAAGCUAAAGCUCUUGAAGACCUAGGUAUCCGCCCAGAUAUUUUCAUUCUCCUUGAUGUCAAUGAAGAAACCCUAGUUGAGAGAGUUGUUGGCAGAAGGCUUGAUCCUGUUACUGGAAAAAUAUACCAUCUUAAGUAUUCUCCACCUGAAAAUGAAGAAAUUGCUGCAAGGCUUACUCUGCGCUUUGAUGAUACUGAGGAGAGGGUAAAAUUACGAUUACAGACUCAUCACCAAAAUGUAGAAGCUGUACUUUCUCUAUACAAGGACCUCGUGUUCAAGGUUGAUGGGAAUGCUCAAAAGGACAAAGUAUUCACCGAAAUAGACAAUGCAUUGUCUGCAUUAUUCAAGAGAAAAUUGGAAACAGAUUCAGCAUCCACCGCUGCUGGUCUAACUUAUUAGAUAUAUCAGUAAAUCGACAAAUAACGCACCCAUAAUCCCUGUACUUUUCUCAUUUUACAAUCAUGGGCAUACAAAUGUUUAGCUUAGUUUGCCAGACCUUGUAUCAGUAAAGCUUAUGCACCAUAGAAGACUUUGCAAAGUUUUACUUUUAGGUCAGAAAGUAAGAUGUAUCCUGAAGUAAGAUCUUCUGUAUACAUAUUUUAUCAAUACAGAUUAAACAGAUGAAGAAUUACAUCAA